AUGUUAUCUAAAGAUUAACCUAAAGAAAAUCUUAAUAAGGGAAUAGUUAUUCCUUUGAUAUUUUAAUGCCCUAAAGGUUGCGUAUGUGAUUCUGGGAGUCCAAGAAAUUGGCAUCAUAAAUAAUGUGGAAAACCAUCAUUCAUCAGUGAGUUUGGCGAUAUUUUCUGUGAAAAUCACUAAAAAGACUGUUCAGGAUAUUUUAUUAAAGAUGCCUCAUUUUAAUGCGGUGCGGCAAAGAAAAACAACUCUUGGUAUUAACAUAAGAGCAUGUCGUAGAUUUUGAUGGCAUUAUCAGCUGCAUUACAAGCAGCAGAAUAAAAAGAGUAAGAAGGCGUUAAUUUGGAAUAAUUUACAUAGAAUAUAAUGGAAUCAGUCCGAAAAAGAUGGAAUAAUUGA